CUUGUAUCAACCAGACGAAUAAUAGUACAUCCUAUUCUAAAGUUUGGGAUAUAUUUAAAAUAGUCAAUUUGAACUCUAAUUUUUUUUAUGAAUGAAGAAACAUGAAGAUUUUAUGUGUUUGGGGUUUGGUUUUAAUCCUUAUUGAAGGCUUUAUAAUCGAAUGCGAAGGAGGGAAUGUAAUUGGAAACCUAAAAGACCCGAUCACAGGGGUCUGUUCAAACAAUCCAGAAUUGCCAAAUAUUUUAAUUGCCGAAAUCCUCUACCGAGCUGGUUUUGAAACAACUAAAAAUGCAGCAAAAGCUAAAAUAAGGUCCAGAGAAGCAAUUGAUAGAAUACUUGAAGAUCACAUAAUUAUUAUUAAGUCACCACAAGUUAAGCAACACAAUGAAAUCAUUGAGUUUCAUCAAAAAGAUGAACGUUGUCUUGAAAUUCACAAUUAUGACAAACUAAUGAAACUUUUACACCAUCUUGGUGAACAUGUCAGGAGGAUUCGUAUACAUUACUAUAAUAUGAAUGAUGGUCGUGACAUAAACAAAAAUGUUAUCAAGAAGUAUGCAAAACAAUUGACCGAACUUGCCAUGUUUACGCAAUUGUUGUGUCAUGAAUCAUACAUUGAACAAAUUUGGCAAGACAUUUCAAGUGAAAAUGGAGAAAAUCAUUUUCCAGAAUUGAAGAAGUUUGAAUACCACGGUCGAAUCACCAAAAACCCAUUCGAUGUAAAUUCAAUAUUUCCCAAACUUGAAAUUUUCAAAUUGGUUGGUGAAGUGGACGAUAUAAACUGCUUGGCAAAUGUGAGGCACCUGAAGGAGCUAUCACUUAAUACUGAGUCAAUUGGUGAAGAUCAACUAGUAAAUAUUAUCGCAAAUAAUAAACAAUUAACUAAGCUCAAUAUUUGGAAUAACAACAAAAUUACAAUAAGAACGGUUCGAACGAUUGCCAAUAAUUUAAAAGAUCUAAAAACAUUCACUAUUGGAGAUGUUGCAACUAACUUUUUUGUGUCAACAACUAAUGAUGUGUAUAAUCUUACAUCAGUAAUCAGCUUCAGUGUUUUCUCUGAUAGAAUCGAAAAUUUAUAUGGAAACAUUUCAUUUAAUAUGCCGAAUCUGGAAAAUCUCAAAUUACUCGGAUGGAACUUCGAUCAUCGAAUAACAAAUUUUAUCAAUCGCUUUCAUAAAUUGAAAGCCGUAUUUGUGGAUGGAUUAGCUGAAGAUAGUUUCACGAGUUGUAUUGAAAAAUUAACCCAUAUUAAAGAAUUUUCUACAGUUUUUGUAAAGAGUCAACUGUCAUCGUUGAAAGUUUUUUUCGAAAAUUUUGAUGCAUCAAAAUCUUUGAACACAUUAAAGUUGUUAAAUUUUGAUUAUUCCGAAUAUCCUUUUUGUGCAGCAACCAUGAAUGAGAUAAAUAUUCAUUUGAAAGAAAGUAAGAAACCAACAUGGCAAAUAUCUUAUGGAUAUGUGGAUCAGCCGAAGGAAUAUAAGGGUUAUUACUUGAUGUUUGGACGUGAUCCAUAAAUUUAUGGGAUGUAAUGUUUUACUUUUUUUUUCAUUUUCAAAAGUUCGCAAAAA